GUUCCCUUUCAUAAUUCGUCUAUCUAUUUCAAAAAAAUCCAAUGGAAAUUUCUUCCACUUCGAAUCUUUGCAUACACUUAAUUUCUUGUGCAUUUCAAAGAUGCCGUCUAUCUCAACAACUCUGCCGGCUCUCUGCCGUUCUCAAAUCACCAUCUCCUUCCAUCCUUCAAAUUUCCAUUUCUGAUACUGGAAUCGGUAGCUGCUUGGAAGAAUUCCAGGAUCUUAACUGCAGCAGCAUUAUUUCUGCUGAAUUUUGGGAUGGAAUUCUCUCUGUCAAAACUACUGCAAUUUGUGAUGAUGAGAUAUAUCAUUAUCACUUCAAUUUAAGGGAAAACAUUUCCAGCAGCAGAACCCUUACUCGUCUACCUUCGAAUCCUAAGAACGGUCUGAAAUUCAGUGGGACUGAAAUAUGUUUGUCCAUUUCAGAGAGCAUUGAUGUUUUAGUUUCUGAGAUCAAUCACUUCUUUCGAAAGAUGAUGAUCUUGAAUAUCCCAAAUAUUGCAAUUGAACUGUUGAUUGAACGUGAAGAUAUUCCUGGAUCAAGAUGUGAAAAUGUCUUUCUAGCAAAUAGAAGCAAUCCUGGACCUCUUUCAAUCUCAAAUGUUGAAUUUCUGAAGUCAGGCCUUGAAGAUUAUGUUUUAAAGCAUGGGAAUUCUCUAACCCAAAAGUGCAGUACCUGCUUUGCAACUUCUGAUUGUCUUAAGGUUGGGAGUGGAAUAGCAUGCAGCACAGAAAGCCAUAAGAGUUCUGGACUCAUGAUGGAAGUGGUGAUUAUAAUAAGUGAGAUAGAGUCAACCUGUCCUUGCUUCAGGGAAUGCAGUUCUAAAACAGAGGUAUUGUAUUUCAAGGAUUUCACACCCUGUUCAAUUUCCCAUUCAAUGCUGAAUGUAUUGUCUACCAUUGACUGGAAAAGUUAUGGACUGAUUCUGGAGAACGUUGUGGAUCAAGGUGUCUGUGUACUAGAGUGGGAAGACUCACCAUCUCAUUCUCAAAUUGAUAUGGUCCUCCACUGCUACCAUAAGCAAUAUCCAAUGCAUAAAACUCAACUUGAACGGCAUCUCAUAAAAAAAGCAGUUAAAGCUGCAUUGAAUAAUUUGAAGGAAAAACAUCCAGGAAUUCUUCUAAGUGCACAUGCCCACAAGAUUUGCAGUCAUGCCCCUGACCUUGCAAGAUCUAUUGCUGGCCUCAUCUUGUCAUCUAAUGAUCCAGACUUUCAAGGAGAAUGCUUCUCUCUUCUUGGUUUGCAGUCAAAAGAAAUUGAAGCGGAUGUUGUUGAAGAUUGUAUCCAGGAGAAGAUUGUUUCAGUUAUAGAGAUGAAUGACAGGAAGUCCAGGCAACGCAAAGUGGUGGCGCCUUUUCUUUUUGAAGACGACUGUGAGCAGGAUUCGAACUAUCAAGACAAAGAAUAUGAAGAAGGUGAGGAUGAAUUUAGUUACCUGGACUAGUAAUGAAUCUAUGUGUCAAGUUCUUAUCAACUCCUGAGAUUGCUGUAAAGCUUUGUUAGCCCACAUGUAGGCUAUAGUUGUAAAUUUAGGAAGGUUACGGGAUUAGUUUGGGAAUGUCUGUUUUCAAGCUGCAUGCAGUUUACUCGUUAUCAGAGCUGCAUUAGUA